AUGAAAGAUAUCCAAAAGUCUGAUGAACUUAUUGUCCCUGACAACGUCUCUGUCAAAAUCCAAUCGCGUAUCAUCAAUGUCGAAGGACCUCGUGGCAAGCUCACCAAGAACCUCCGCCAUUUGAACAUUGAAAUCAAGCUUGUUGCCAAGAACAAGCUCCAGUUCUCUGUCUACCAUGGUGCUCGCAAGCAUGUCGCUGCUAUUCGUACCGUCCGCUCUAUUAUCAACAACAUGAUCACUGGUGUCACCAAGGGUUUCCAAUACAAGAUGCGUUAUGUAUAUGCUCACUUUCCCAUCAACGUUAUUGUCAACGGUACCAACGACGCUGUCGAGAUCCGCAACUUUUUGGGCCAAAAGGUGGCUUUCCAAGUCAAGAUGCGCGAAGGUGUUCACUGCGAGGCAUCCAAGUCGCAAAAGGAUGAGUUGCUUAUCACCGGUAAUGAUUUAGAAAAUGUCUCCCAAUCUGCUGCCGAUAUUCAACAAACAUGCCGUGUCAGAAACAAGGAUAUUCGAAAGUUUUUGGAUGGUAUCUACGUCUCUGAACGCAAUGUUCUUGAGCAAGACGAGUAA